AGCUAACGAAUAAUGCAAAUUUAAACUUAUAUAGCGAACGCGGUUAGUCUUUGGAGGCUGCAUUGCGUUGGUGGGUUUGCAUGACUAGAUAAAGUAUUUCUUCCUGGGAUUAUAUUUGUAAAGAUGCUGUGCUGUGGUCAAAGCGAGGAUUCAAUAAUUUGGUAACGUAAGCUAACUAAGUUAGCUGCAGCUUGCUCAUUUCAACGUUCCGCGCCAGGCCGCGGAGAGUUGCUUCCUGAUCUGUGGUUACCGAGAAUGUAGUUUAAACUGCCAUAUACAUUUUUAACAUUGCGCUAAUUGUAGAAGCUGCUGCGUCAACGGCGAAACCGACUGCAUUUAUUUUUAAGAGCCUGCGGGCCUCCUAGCCUGUUAGCUCUUUCGCUAGCCUGCUAACAUGAGUGAAGUGACGGACAGCAAACAGUCCGGUGACCCUGCAUCGAGGAAACGGAGCUCAUCAUCCGACCAGGAUGAAAGCAGUGCGAUUUCCCAGAAGUCUGCUAAAAGAAGUGAUAACGUAAAUGCAACCGGACAAACUUCAAAAAGUUGCAAAAACAGUGAAGUUGAAAGUAAAGAAGAAACUCAGAUAGAGGCGAAUGAUAGAGUUCCUGAAGGCACUGGUUUGCAGGCGGAUCAGGCUUCAGACCGUAGAGAUGGCACCAGUGUGCAGCCUGUCCACCGCUCCAAUCCUGACGGUCACAAGGCCAACAUAGCCGAAAAACCCCAGUCCUCAGAGGCCUCUGCACCCCGUGAUCCGAAAGAAGACACACAGAGAGCAACCGAAUCGGAGCAGCAUCGCCCAACUUCUGUGGACCAGUCUGACUCCGCAGCUAUAGCAGCUGCUGAAGCUCUCGCCAGUCUCACAGGAGGAGACGGAGAGGAAAGUCAAGAGACUCCGUGUUCAUCUUCCAAAGUUAGACAAGUGAAACAUGGAAGUAAAAACAAACAGCGGCCAGGUCAACAGUCUGCAAAGGUUGGCUCAAAAACACAGGCAGCAGCAGACAGCUCCACAUCAGCACGCAGUACCGACAAAGAAGAUAAAGUUGCAGCUCCUGAAGCAGAUGAAGGGGAUGAGUCUGUAUCAGGAUCUUCCUCCACACCAAGCUCCUCUUUCCCAUCUGACAACGAGGACAAUGAUGAUGGGGAGUGUGCAAUUGUGUCUGUCAAAAUGGCACCAGAGAUGAGACAGUCUGUUGCCCUGCUGGCACAAGUGCAGAUGAGACUUGAAGCUCUAGAGAAGAAAAGCGCCAGGCUUCAUCAACGGCUGGAGCUGAAGAUUAAUCGCCAGAGACGUCCACAUCUUGAUCAGAGAAGCUCCAUCACAAAAACCAUCCCAGGGUUUUGGGUGACAGCUCUGUUGAACCAUCCUCAUCUCUCAGCUCACAUAGAUGAGACAGAUGAAGACGCUCUUAGCUACAUGACUGAUCUUGAGGUUGAAACUUUCAAAAAUAGCAAACUUGGCUACAGAAUUCGCUUCCACUUCCGACGGAACCCAUAUUUCCAGAAUAACAUCAUUAUGAAGGAAUUGCACCUUGGCAUGGGAGGAUCACCCAUGUCCUUCUCCAACCCCAUACUCUGGCAUCGUGGACACAAUCUGACAGCUAACAGCGAGCCCAGGAAGUCAUGCCGCGGUGUUUACGAGACGUUUUUCAGCUGGUUCAGUGACCAUAGUAACCCAGCACAGGAUGAUGUAGCACAGAUACUAAAGGAUGACCUCUACAGAGAUCCGCUGAGAUACUACCUCACUCCUCUCUGGGAACCGAGGGAGAACGGCAGUGCCACUGAGGCCAGAGCAGCUGGAAACGGAAACAGAGAUGAUUGUGUGGUGAUUUCUGACUCAGACGACGAGCCAGGUGAGGACACUGGUGACGCUGAACAAGGCCACAGCAAGGAGGAGGAGGAUGAAGAAGAAGAAGAAGGUGUAGAAGAAGAAGAGGAGGAUGACGGCAGGCGAGCGAGUCCAGAUGAGAGCCAGGAGGAGGAAGAAGAGGAGGGUAGUGGAGAAAUAGUGAUCGACGGCUCUGAUGACAGCGAUCAGGAGGAAGAGGAGGAGGCCUAAGAAGAAAGUGAUUAAUUGAUGCACACCAAUAAACCGCAGCAUUAAAACCACCUGCUGGUGUUGUUUCGGUCCUCUUUGUGCCUCCAGAAACAGAUCUGGAUCAUCAGGACAUGGGAUCUCUAGGAAUGUCUUGUUGAGCCCGAUAAUGAUCCAUCUAACUGACUUCAGUUCUCACUGGUUUUUAUAGCGUGGCUGAGUAGUGUGUAUUUAGGAGCAAGCUGCCAUAGGGACCAGAGUCUGGGAAUAUGAAGAGGAGAGGCAGUGCAAACAUUGAAUCGUUCUUCCUGGUGUCACUUUUAUGCACAAAAUAUCAGUCUUUGCUUUUUUUAUUUUAUUUUAUUUUCGUAAAAUAGACAGAAGCUUUUAAAUCAGGGUGAACUGUAUCAAUAAAGCCAAGGCAACAGGUUUCCCCUUCUAUUUUUAGUCAUUACUGUUUCCGCUCAAAAACACUUUCACUUCUUUUAUUUUUUAUUUUUUUAAUCUUCACACUUUUAUUUUUGGUUCCGGAUCCCCUAAAAGUUCCUAAAAGUUUUUGUGCAGAAAAAACCCAUUUAUAACAUAUCUAAGAAGUAGUUCGUUUUAGCAGAUUCUUCACAUAACACUGAAAUCCUCAGAGGCAUUAAUAGUGAUCUUUUCAAGCUGCAAAAGCAGUUUGUUUUUUAACUGACGCGUGACAAAAGCGAAUAUGUCAUGAGUUCAAUUUGAUAUGAUGACCGUACAUUUCAGAUGCACUGAGUAUAGAACCAAAAUGUCUUCUCAGGGAUGAUCAUGGUGGUCGUUUUGUUGAAAUACCUUGGCUAAUUUUAAAUCAUUUAUGCUUAUACUUAUUGUUGGUCGUGUAUAAAGAAAUGUGGACUCUACUGUAGUAUAUAGGAGCAAUUAUUAUUUGAAUAGACUACCAUUGUGUAUUUCUUCCUGUCUUCUGCCUGUGCUGUCAUGUUACAUCCACACCUCCACCCUGUAAACUAUCUGGUCUUCUGUAAUCCUCUCAUAAUUUGAGCUACGUUUCUGUUAAAUUCCCUGAUUUCUGUAACGCACCCAAACAAUAUGUAGGAUUUCUGAGCAUUCUUUAGGCCUCAACUCAAUUUGAUUUAACUUGUGUAAACAUCCAGAGUUUGUCUUUAAGAUUACAUUUCUAAAAAAAAAAAAAAAAGAAGUUGGUAUGUUUUUCUACACAUCUGCGUUAUGGCAUGCCUGUUAGCACAAAUUGUAAGAAAGGAUAAUAGCACUUACACUGCUGUGUAGAGGAAUAUUGCUGUGUGAAUAUUCACAGCUUUUUGUAAUGGGGUGCACUGUAAAAAAAAAUAGUAUUUGUAUUCGCUUACUUUUCUUAGCAAUGAACCUGUAAAUAAUACUUCAGCAAUGUUUUUUGAAUAAGAUAUGUUUAUCAAACAAUCUGGAUUUUGUUUUUCAACAAAUUUUUGUUUUGUGUGUGGUGUUUGUUUUUUUUUUUUAGAAUAUUUUAGUUUAUUAUUUCUACUUGUUUUUUGUUUUUCAUUGGUUGAUCUUGUUUGCUUUAAAGAUUAAUGUCCACCUUUUGACUCAGACCUAAUAAAUAGAAAGCUGUC